GCCAGCGGCCAGCUGAAAUGUAGCUUUUGAUUGCGGGAAAAACACUGAAUCAAAAAAAGUUUGUUUUUAUUGUGAUUUUCCUUUAUCUGUGAAGGCAAGCCAGCCGAAUUUUUCGACGAAAAUUAUUCAGAACGCACGUCUUUUCUACCCAGCACAGAUCGCAAUUCUUUACAUGUGUUCAAGAAGGUUUGGAACGAUAUUUUCUGCUCGAAAUGGCGUUGAGAGCCUCAACAAGUCCUAACAAGGAUGGAAUGCAUACGCCAGCAAAACAAUCAGACCUGAACAAAAAUUCCCUGAAUCGUUUGAAGCUUAACAUUUUGACCUCAACUGCACUCCGACCACGUGCCAUCAGCCAUGCUGGACUUGGCCUCAACGAGACCGACAUCUCAGAAAUCAACUCGCCUUACCGUGCCAACACAGUGUCAAGAGAACUAGCUUCCUUUACCCAAACUGAACCAAGAGCUCAUUAUCGUAAGUCGGCGUCGCAUUUGGACAAAAUUUUAGGGAGCAUAAAUAAAUGCGUUCUGCCCAUGAACGAUGUUGCGGAUGAUGCUGACUCAGUAAAUGAAAACGCUGUCCACAAAUUCAGCCUUAAUUCACCUGGCUCACAUUAUCAAGGGUAUCAGGAUCUGUCUUCUCUGGGAAUUCUGAGGCAAUCAGAGAUGAUUUCUCCGUUUGAUACAGCUGGCAGCCAUAGAUUUGUUGGCGAUGAAGUAGAUGCAAAGUCAAAUAAAAACCACUCACCUGAAAAGAUUCAAAAUAGUGCUAGAGAUACAUGUCUGGAAUCAAACUCCAGCUUUGAUCUAAGCAAUUUCCUCACAUCUUCUCAAAAGUGCGAUUCCUUUAGGCCAACCAGUCUGCCAAACACUUUCCUUGAUAACAUUGACUUCAAACCAGCAGAAUCAUCAGUUGUGCGUGAAAUGUUCAAAAAGGCGGAAGAGGAAUUCCAAACACUUGGUGUGCGUCAAACAGAUCCCAGCCUUACUUUUGCAUCACCAUCUGGAGAUGCCAGGAAAUCUUGGGUUAGCCCUGAAAAACGAGCUCAGCUAGAUGGGAAAAGGCUCACCAUUGGCCAAUAUUUCCAGCUGAAGUCAUCAGACUUGAAAGAGCUUAGCCAAAGUCUCGAUAGCGAUGAAAGUUUUUGCUCGCAAGUAGCCACUGCCCUUCCACGAGGACCUAAACCAGAAUACAUUCAAGGAUUUAAAGAAACAAUUGACUUGACAGAGAACACAAGAAAAAACACAAUAACAUUGGAUGAUACGCAAAAUGGAGAUAUUCAAAAUAUUUCAGAUUUGGAUCACACUUUGGUACCUGACAUUGAAGCAUUGAGUAUUUCGACUAUUGCUAAUCUCAUGGAUGACAGGAAAGGGAGUGACACAGUUGUGAGGGAGUUGCUUUAUCUGGCAAACAAAAGUGAUGAAGCCAAUCUAAGAUCUCCUCGUAACAUCAGAGGAGAAGCGCCCCUGACACCCAAGAAGGCAGGUUCGCGCUUGCCCCGUCCUCAGUCCAAGGUGGUAGCAGCAUCCAAACCUUCAACUGUUCGAAGCAUCAGAGGAACUGGGCACCUUGUCUGCCUUGAUACAAAAAUUCGAGGGCAAAAAGUAGUGGCUCACGCCUGCAACUUGUCAGUCACAGUGGUCAAUGAGGGUAGCGACACAUUGCAAUGUGAACUAGUAGACCUUGCAGAUAAUGGAGCUUAUUCUGUCACCAACCAGUCACAACCUGUUAUGCUCCUGUCAAAGAGAAAAGCAACAUUGCAGGGAACAAUAAUUUUCCAUCAACCUGGGGAAAUUGAAGUUAAUGUUGGUGUUCAGACGAUGGACAUAAGGAGCAAGAAAAGGAGCUCAGUUGUUGCUCCUCCCUUAAAAGUUCUUGUUGACCCUCAAAUUUAUCUAAAAACACCUUACAAAGAUGGAAUUGACUUUGGCUUGCAUGCUGAGGAUACAAAAGCUACAUCGUUCUUUGAAAUUAUCAAUCUCAGCCCGGAUGAUAUUCCAAUUUGCAUCUCCAUUGAUCAGGAUGCUGAAGAGAAUUCAUAUUUAUUGAUGGUACCCCCCGAGGAAAGGGGAGGUGAAGUGAGGCUCUCGGCUUGCAUGGCAUUUUCUCUGCCUGGAACUCACGAUAGAAAGAAUGCUACAAGUGUCAACAUUGGAAUUGUGUUUUUCUCACCAAAUUUGAGCUCCGUCACAGGUGAUAACCUUGACGUUAGUGGGACUACUGCUAAAAUUGAAGCCACGCUAAAAAUUGAAACCUCCGAGCAUGAGGGAGCACAUGAAAUUUCAUCACACCCUCAAAAGUUGUUGGCGAAAUGCCCAAUUAUUGGGCGUGUAGGACUGACACAACUACUAGUAACCAGCAACACCUUGACUCUUAUCCCUGGAGUGUCUCAAGAAUUGGCAGUCAAGAACGCUGGUGUGGUACCUCUUAGCUUGCAAAUUGUACCUUACUGCAGAUUCCAAAGAAAUACUCAAGAGGAGAAAUCCAUUCAUGUUGAACCAUCAGAAAUGCUAUUGUUACCUGGAGAGGAUAAGCAUUUAUUCAUAACAUGGGUUCCAGACAUCGACAAUGCUGCUAACUUCAUUUGUGACCUGCACCUCAUGUAUGAUAAUCUUGCUGCUGAUCAUGUUGUCACUUUGGAGUGCAAAGUUCAAGUGGCCAAAGAUCGUCUACCAUUGAGGACUACCAGGCCUCAUGUGGCAUGGGGCUCUACUCGGCCUGGUGAUACAUCCAAACAAACUUUGGGAUUUCAGAAUGUAGGCUCCUCGGAAAUUACCGUAGGAUUCCGAACUGUUGGGGAUUACAGUGAAUUGCCAUUUAAAAUUUUGAGUGAUACUGAUGAAGUGACAUCUGAACUUGAAAUUCAUUUUGGGCCUCAGCAAAAGAAAAACCUCACCGUCAUGUUCAGCCCUACAAGAUUAGGCCCUGCUUGUGCGGAGAUUGCUAUGUUGCCAAAGUCGUCACCAAAUUUCCUUCAUAAGAUUAUACCUCUGUCUGGAUUUGGGGGACACAGCAAAAUAAUACUUCGACAAGUUUCAACAUCCUUGGGAAACAAAUGGAUUACUUUGAAACCCGACUUCGGAGAUGCAAUUGUCGGCAAUCUCACUCUCUACAAUGACGGAACGAUUCCUGCAUUUGUCAAAAUCACAGGAUCAUUGUCCAUACCCGUCACUGAAAAUAUGUCCUUAACAUGCAAUCCCGACGUAUUGUUUGUGCCACCUAAAGAAAGUGUAGAUGUGUCAGUCAAGCUCAGUGGUGUCCGUUCUGUAAUGAGCCGUACCCCCUCUAGUGAGGUGAAAACAUUGGCUGCAUUGCACAUAUCAACCAUUAAUGAAGUUACCAGGAGGCGCCUUAGAAAAGUGCUCCCAACCUUAAGCAGCAAAGAUCUGAUCAAUUUCUUGAAAAGUGAAAAUGGCGCAGGAAUGAACAGCCUAGUCUCUACUAUUUUAAAUGGAGAAGAAAAAUGUGUCAGUGAAUCAAAUUUAGAGCAGCUCAGAGACUUUUCAGGCGCAAGUGCAUCUUUCUUGACCAAGGAUCUGGAAGUGAUCAAUGUUGAACUAAGAGCUGAAGGUACAGGUGCAGGGAGAGCUUUGCCUGAGCUCGACACCAUCGAAUCGUUCGUCAGCAUAAUGGAUAAAACAGCUAAUGAAACGGACAUGAAUCAAAUGUUCAACAGGGACAUGUACAAACGAGAAUGGGACUUGGAUCAGAAAGAAGUGACUUUGCAAAUGGAGAACAACUUCAAAGCAGCUAUCCAAGCAACAAAUUUCACAGAGAAGCCUCUCAGCCUAGAAGUGGUAUGUGACGAGGGCCUGGAAGCAACUCCAACACACCCUUGCUUGGCAGCGUACAAAACGGCAAUAAUAUUCAUUGCAUUCAACCACGAUGCGCAUCUGCAGAUGAUUGUUGACAAAGAAGUGGUUGUGUAUUCCAAAAAUGAUCGAGUGUCUGUGCGUGUUCGGGUUCUUCCCAAGCCACGGCAUAGAAUGGUCAUAGCGGCUCGCAAACCUCUGGAGCCGUCGUUUGCCAGCUGCUCUUCUUCAGUUCCUCCACCAUCACCUGCCCACUCCAACUAUUCAUCAUCGUCAUCUUCCUCUUCUGGAUCAGGAAGUGGCAAUUCAUGGCACUCUAUUUUGUCUGCGCACUCUGACGAUGAAAAGUCCUCGGAGGUUUACACUGAUACGAAGACUGUCGUUUUCCCAUAUACGCCCAAAGGACACGAGUCGACCGUCACCCUCACAAUUUUCAAUCGUUCUAGUUUGGACAAAAAUGUCUGCAUCAUCCCACCAGGAGAGCCGUUUUGGAUUACCGAUAACUGCUCAUUAGUGAUUCCUGCCAAGUGGCAUGUGUACGUCAGGCUCUACUUCAGACCCACUAUAGCCAGAGAUGUGUCCAGCACCCUGAAAAUAAAGGUCGAAGGGUACGACAAAAGCAUCAUUGUGCAACUCCAAGGAUUGACUGACAAUCAUUGAUUCACAAAAACGCCAAACCGCCUCAUAAUCGAGUCAGCGGAUAAAUUUUAUUUACUUCUUCAGUAGCUAAGCUUGUUAAUUCAAAUUUUUGCUUUACUCUGCCUGGCACUAUUGAAUAUCACCAGUAAGCAUUCUAUCAAUGUAUGUUAGUUGUGGUAAAAUUCGGUAAAAUUAUCAAAACUUGAUCUUUGCUACACUUCAAAGCUUUGGAAGCAACUAUAUAAUACUUAAUUUAAUAUUUCUAGAUUUUGUUGAAGCUUUAAAUGUCGUUGACAUAGAUGUUAAUUUGUGAUAACUGUUUUAACGCACAUGGGGAAUGUAACGUGAAAGAAAUCUGAAAUAUUUUGAUAAUAUAUCGAUGUGCGAAUUACAUCAGUUUUAUAUUAAUAUCAAUCGUGUACCUCUUUAAGCAAUUUGAAAAGAUAAUUAGAAAAUAAAAAAUAUUUAAUAUAAU